AUGCCUCGACGCGCUCGCAUUCACUUGCUUUCCCUCCGCUCCUCACUUGUCAACCUCCCCAUCUCCAUCUACGGCCCUCUGCUCGAGCGCAAUAUCGCAAGUCCUUCUUUCUCUCUCCGGCCUUCGGCUGUGAACAGAGUCGAUGCUUACGUUGGCUGGACUGGCAUGCUCUCUGCCUCGUCUUUAGCCCACUUCAAUGCCGUUGACCGCACAGAGAACCUUGAGACCGUUGAGAUCGACCCACAGUAUGCUCAAGGACUUGGGCUUUCCCAGGGCGACAUUGUCGAAAUUGGUCUCUUGCAUGACUUGCCUACAGCCAAGUCUGUCGCGACGGAACCGCUCACCGCAGAUGACUGGGAAAUUCUGGAACUCCACGCCGACCAAGUAGAGUCUACACUGCUCUCACAAGUCCGCGUCGCAUCCGUUGGUCAAGAAAUUGAUGUUUGGGUCCUCGGUCGCACACGCAUCCGCCUACGCGUUGUCUCCCUUGACCCAUCCGAUUCCAAGGCUCUCAUCCUCACCACUAACACCGAAGUGUCGAUCGCCCCGAAGACGCGUCGUCCUCGCCUCACCCCUGUGAGAAAAGCAACUUCAUCUUCAGCACCCCCGGUGGAGAUUGUUCCGCCGUCCAACUCUACCCCCUCUGGAGCCUCCAAAUCACGGACUGUUGGGCUUCAGCUUCGCGUCCUUCCGUCGUCGCUCGUCUCCGUAUCCAUUUCGCAGUCGUCCGAGUUACAGACGAUCGCCUGCGUCUCCUCGCAAACAUUGAGCGCUCUCCGUUUCGAAGGCAGGCUAAAUACAGACAUCCAAGUAUUUCAAGGUGACGUUCAGCGAUUAUUGCCCCCACCCGAUCCGUCAGAGGGACCUUCGAAUGCGGAUUCCUCUGCGGUAGCGCCAUCUGCCCAGGUUCUGCAUCCUGGAGCGGCCGAGGCAGCUAAGAAUAGCUCUCAGAAGGAGAAAAAGGAUCAAUCUGAGGUCCUCGUCUGCGGAAACGAAAGCGUGCCCCAAGGGCACGUCGUAUUUGUUGGUGGAACUGAUGGAGUAGCAGAAUGGGGCCUCGUCCGGUCAGUCAGCCGUGUAGCACGACUCUUCAUCGCAGCAGACUCGGAUGCUUCUGCUUCUGCCUCUAUAACCCCUGUGUUAUCGUCAACCCCGCCUCCCAUCCACACCCUCGCAGGCGUCGACGACCUGCUUACCAAAUGCCAAACCUUUUGCAACCAUAUGUUUUCUCUUUACAGGGCGAAGAUGUUGACAGGACUGUCAGGCUUGUUGAUCACGGGCCGUACGGGCGCCGGGAAGACAUCUAUCGCUCAAGCAACAAUGAAGGCGCUGCAAUGGGACCCGAGGACACACGCGUUCACCUAUUAUGUCGACCUCUCCCGAUACACAGAGAAGUCGAUUUCUGCCAUACGCUCACAAUUUCAGUACUGGCUCGACAAGGCCAUGUGGCAUCGGCCCACGGUUCUCGUGUUUGACAAUAUGGACAAGUUGCUCAGUGCCGAGCUUGAGCAUGCAGACUCGUUCCGGACGCGCCAGCUGACGGAGAUAUUUGUCUCGAUGUUCUCGAAUGCUACUCAUGAUAUCACACCAAAUACGACGGGCAUCCUCAUCCUCGCGACGGCUCAAUCCCAGUCCUCGCUUCAUCCGCUGCUCAGCACCAAGCAUGUUUUCAAGCAAACUGUUCACCUGAAGCCGCCAGGAAAGGACGCACGAAAGCAGAUCAUCAGCCAGCUUGUCAAGGGACGCCUGGUCACCGCUUCAAACUUGGUGAUCGACGAGGCGUUACCGCUUGAUUUCGUAGCAUUGUCGACAGAGACAGAGGGCUACUCAGCGACGGACAUGCAGGACCUUGUCGCCAGGGCAGUCCAUCAGGCUGCGAUUCGGUCAUCUAAGGGAGCAUCGGGAGUCUCGUUGACAAUGGGCGAUUUCCAAGCGGCGCAGUUGGGUUUUACGCCAUUGUCUUUGCGGGAUGUGCCUUUGCAAAAGUCGACUGUUGAAUGGGCCGAUAUCGGAGGACUGAACGAAACUAGGCGGGCGCUCAGGGAGACUCUGGAAUGGCCGACGAAGUACGCAGCCAUAUUCGAUCAAUCACCUUUGCGGCUUCGUUCAGGGCUGUUGUUGUACGGAUAUCCGGGAUGCGGAAAGACGCUCUUGGCCUCUGCCGUCGCAAAAGAGUGCGGCUUGAACUUCAUCACCGUCAAGGGCCCAGAGCUGCUCAACAAGUACAUUGGUGCGAGCGAGAAGUCUGUACGGGAUAUCUUCGAGAGAGCCAACGCCGCAAAGCCGUGCGUGCUGUUCUUUGACGAGUUUGACUCGAUCGCCCCAAAACGAGGACACGAUAGCACGGGCGUCACGGACCGCGUGGUCAAUCAACUGCUCACGUUGAUGGAUGGUGCCGAGGGACUCGACGGUGUCUACGUCCUCGCCGCCACCAGCCGACCCGAUCUCAUCGACCCCGCUCUCUUGCGUCCGGGACGUCUCGACAAGUCCCUGCUGUGCAACAUGCCCACCGCGGAAGAGCGAAAGGAGAUCCUGCAAGCGCACGCUCGCAAGGUGCCCGUCUCUCCAUCCGUCGACUUUGAUGCCUUGGCGCGGGCGACGGACGGGUUCUCGGGGGCCGAUCUCCAAGCCUUGCUGUACAACGCCCACCUUGAGCUCGUCCACGCGUCCAUCAGCACUAGUUCAGGGACGACCAGCAGCGCUGACGCGAGCGAUGAGCCCGUGGAUUACGUCUCGUUGGGUGCGGUCUCGAAGACUGGGGUCAAGUCUCGCGCAGAGGAGGUUGCCCUCCAACGACGGCUCAAGCAGCUACUGUCCUCCCCGGACAGCCCAGACAAUCAGAAGACGGCCAUGGAACCAAUCAAGCACGAGAUCCAUGACGAGCAUCUUCAUCGUGUCCUCAAAACGACGCGGCCCUCGGUAUCUCCCGAUGAGAUCAAAAGACUAAGGAGAAUCUACGCUGCGUUUGUCUCGGACAGGAGCGGCGAGCUGCCCAUCCCGCCGGAUGCGGAGGCUGCAGGGGUAGGACAACGGGCGUCACUCAUGUAA